UUUAAGUGCCGCUCUUUAAACUACGAUCAGUAUAGCCUGUCAGAAAAUUUUAGAGAACUUUUUAACAUGACGACACGAGUUCGCUUUUCGUUUUUGACUGAGUUCGUUUCAUUUCGAAUAGGCUAUAACUAGCCAAUAUUGUAUGCGCCCUUUUUUUAUAUGGUUUUGCGUUUAAACAUAACUGCCUAAUACUGUGGCACGUCAUGAUGUAUCCCAAUGUGGGCCUUUUGAAAGAAAAAUAGUUUGAGUUAUUUUUUGUUAAAUUACCAAAUGGAUGAUUGGAAAAUACUAUAAAAAAUCACAAGGUGGUGGUCUGAAGACAAUGCUGGAUGCCAUGGAAGUCCCAAGUCAUGCUAGGCACCUCCUCCUGCAGCUCAACACCCAACGCACCAAGGGCUUCCUGUGUGAUGUCAUCAUUGUGGUGCAGAACGCUCUAUUCCGAGCUCACAAGAACAUUCUGGCGGCCAGCAGCCUAUAUCUAAAGUCCCUGGUUGUCCAUGACAACCUCAUUAACCUGGACCACGAGAUGGUGAGUCCUGGGGUGUUCCGGGUCAUUCUAGACUACAUCUACACCGGCCGUCUCAGCGACGGGGACCCUAGCUCCCCCUCUGAGCCCAACCUGGGGAGCGUGCUCGCAGCCGCCAGCUACCUGCAACUGCUGGACCUGGUGGCGCUUUGCAAGAAGAAGCUGAAGAGGAACGGCAAGUACCCCUUCCGCCUGACGCCUGAAUUCCUGCCCUAUCCAAAGAUUGUCCCCAGCAGUUUGAGUUUAGGGGCAGGGGGGAGGUACAGGGUCCCCACCCCUGUCAUCCAGUCCUGUUUCCCUGGAGGGAUCGUGAACAGUCACACGCCCCGCGUCCCGCCUCCGGAGGAGCUUGCGCCCCUCCCCCUAGGCACCCAUGCCGGGGAGCUGUACGCCCCCACCUCCUCCCAGGGCCACCAUGUGUACCCCUCCUCACAGUCCCAGCCUAGCCAGCGGCCCGCCCACACUGACAGGAACUGCUCUCCCAUCUACGGCCUGGACCUCUCCAAGAAGAGCCCCAACUCCCAGUCCCAGCACACGCCCUCCCACCCCCACCAGGCCCAAGCGCUGCCCCACAACGAUGAUGAGAGAGACGGAGCGCUGAGUGGCCGAGCCAGCCCCCUUCUGGGGCCCAAAGGUGGGGCCUACCCAACAGAGAAGAUGGAGACAGCCGACCAGGCUGUGUCUCUGCCUCCCCACCCCUACCCCCACCUCACCCAGCCACUAGGCCCCCACCACCCCCACCUCCGCCGCCCUCGCUCCCACGGCCCUGACCACUACCCCUGCCCCCCGAGCCCCGACACCCCCACAGAGGAAAGGGAGCCUGGCAGGGACGUAGGCAACGUCUACCGCUGGGUGAAGCACGAGCAACUGUACACCCCCGAGGACGAGGAGGAGGACGAGGAGGAGGACGAAGGGCUGGGAAACGGGGACCGCGAGGGCCACCACCAGCGCCACAACCACCGUAAGGCGGGGGAGGAGAGCGAGGCGGCCUACCAGGGCACGGGCUGCGACGGCGAGGACGAGAAGAGCGGCUCCGGCAGCGAGGAGACGGGCAGCAGCGAGGGCCGCCCCUCCCCCCCGGGGGCCCUGGGCCGCUUUCACCUGCCCUACGAGCCGGAGAGCUUCGGCGACAACCUGUACGUGUGCAUCCCCUGCGACAAAGGCUUCCCCAGCUCCGAGCAGCUCAACGCCCACGUGGAGACCCACACCGAGGAGGAGCUGUACAACUCCGGAGGGGAGAUGGGCGGCACCAACGGCAACGCCAAGGCCGCCAGCAACGCCAACGGCAACGGCAGCAUCAACAGCAACGGUAGCCUGAGCAGCUACCUGGAGAGCAAGAGCAGCCAGAGCGUGGGUCUGGGGGAGAUCAUUCGGCCCUACCGCUGCUCCUCCUGCGAUAAGUCCUACAAGGACCCGGCCACCCUGCGGCAGCAUGAGAAGACCCACUGGCUGACCCGGCCUUACCCCUGUAGCAUCUGCGGGAAGAAGUUCACCCAGCGGGGCACCAUGACCCGGCACAUGCGCAGCCACCUGGGCCUCAAGCCCUUCGCCUGCGACUCGUGCGGCAUGCGCUUCACGCGCCAGUACCGCCUCACCGAGCACAUGCGCAUCCACUCGGGCGAGAAGCCCUACGAGUGUCAGGUGUGCGGCGGCAAGUUCGCCCAGCAACGCAACCUCAUCAGCCACAUGAAGAUGCACAGCGGCGGCGGGGCGGUGGCGGGCCUGACGGCUGACGGCAAGCUGAAGCUGGAUUUCACGGAGGGGAUCUACCCUCUGAGCAAGUACGCGGCGGAGCACCUGGGUCUGAAGCAGGAGAAGGCCUCGGAGCUCCUCGCCCAGGCUCAGCAGCACCUGCUGGCCGACGCCAAGGCCAUGGAGAGCCUCUACCCGCUGUCCAAACUGGCCGCCGAACACCUGGGCCUCACCCACGACAAGAUGGACAUCCUGGGCCAGCAGCUGUCCCUUCCCCCUCCCCCGCAGAGCCUCUCUGAGUCUCGCACCAUCGACCGCUACUCCCCCAGCUAAGACACCCCCCCCCCCACCACAUAAGUCGCCUAACCAGCUCAGUAUCCACCAACACCAUAAAGACGUCUGUGUGAACAACCUACAGUAUUCUAACGCCUCUCACCUCAGUUUCAUAUGUAUCUAAAACUCUGACUCGGGCUGUUAGCCUCAUGAUGCACACCAAAUGGUUUAGACUCUUGGAAAAGUGCCUUCCUUUGCCUAAUGUUGCAUUUUGUGCAUUUGAAAUUAUUUCCUAAAAGGGAAUAAUACUAUGCUAUUGACAGUCUAUUGUGACCAAGGAAUACCAAAAACAGUGCAGUAUUUACGUCUAUGCAACCCACCUUUUUCUAUCAAGACAUUGAGCCAAAACAUCUGAAACAAUUGAAUACCAAAAUAAAAGUUAUUUAUUUUUUGUAAUGUACUGAAAAAAAACCCAAAGAGAAACUGUUGCAAGAAAAGCUUUGCAAUCUGACCCUAAACCUGUAUAGUAUUCAGAAAUGUACAUUCAUGAGAAAACAAGCACAUGCUGACAAGAUUCAGGGCUUCAGUCCAAACCCUAGAGGAACAUUUGGACAAAAGAAAAAAAAAAAUACACUUUGGGAUUUUAAAGUCAUUUUGUUUUUGG